GGGACCGGAUGUGAGGUUCAAGUGUCCCCAAUAUAUUCCCCCGGCUCCGCUCCGCUCUUCAGGUCACCCUCUCCCACGGUGCUCGCCGGCCCCGGGGGCAGGGGGAUCUGUCCGCGGGUGGGAGGGCGCCAUGGAGGCGCCGCCGCCCGCGCCCCGCAGCCUCCUUUGCCGGGCCUGGGGUCCUCUGCCCCGAGUCUUGGCUGCCGGUGCUGUGGCUGCGGAUUCCCAGGGCUUUGUGGAGGAUCGGGAGCUGCAGCCCUAUGUCUCGGAACCCGGUUCCCCGGAAUCCGGAUGGGACCGCCUCCGGCAGCUGUUUGUCAAAGAUGAACAGCAGAGAAUUCCGAAGGAUGUUGAGUAUAUCUGCAGGGCAGCUAUUUCAGCAGGCAUCAUUGGCUGGGCAUAUGGAGGGAUACCUGCUUUUAUUUAUGCUAAAAAGCGCUACAUUGAGCAGAGUCAAGCGGAGAUUUAUCAUAACCGCUUUGAUGCUGUGCAAAAUGCACACCGAGCUGCCACGAGGGGUUUCAUUCGGUAUGGCUGGCGAUGGAGCUGGAGAACUGCAGUGUUUGUGACUAUAUUCAACACAGUGAACACUGGACUAACUGUGUAUCGAAAUAAAAAUUCUUUGAGCCAUUUUGUCAUUGCUGGAGCUGUCACAGGAGGUCUUUUCAGAGUAAACUUAGGUAUGCGAGGCCUGGUGGCUGGUGGUCUAAUUGGAGCUUUGUUGGGCACGCCUAUGGGAGGCCUGCUGAUGGCACUUCAGAAGUACUGUGAUGAGACCGUUCAGGAGAGGAGACAGAAGGACCAAAAGGCUUCCCGUGAGCAGAAACUGGAAGAGUGGAAAAGAAAACUGCAAGUCACCGAGCUCCUCCCUGAGGAGAUAGAAAGUGGUCUAGAGAAGGUUCGCCCUGAGGAAGAUGUUCAGAGAAUCGAGGAGCUGAUGAACCUUCCUAGGAACCCUUCUUCACCAGAUAAACACAACCAGGACUGAGGAGGAGGGGUCUGUGUACAGUCUAGGAAUGCCAAGGCCGGGCCACUCCUUGUCACCUGUGGUAGCAGUGACUGCCCCUUGCCUUUUCUCUCUUUACAUCAAGAAUUAAGCAGUCACAGCUGGCUGCUACACACUGUAAUCCCAACUGCUUCGGAGGCUGAGAAAGGAAGAUGGCGUGAGGCCAGCUUGAGCUACGGAAUGAGACCCUGCUUCAAAAAUGUGCGCCCACAAAAACACAACAGAACCAAAAAGCAACCCAAAGAAGUGGCUUACAUUUUCUUAGCUGUACUGAUCGUUGAUCCAUCUGAGUACUUGCAUUUUCUCUAUCUUGCUAGAUUUUAUACGAGUAAAAUACUUCCCAGAAGACUAAAAUUGGGUUCUCUGGAUUGCCUGUUCACUCUCCAGUCCUUUAGGAAAAGGGCCUAGGUAAAGGAAAUGGCCUGUGAAAUCAUCUUUUGGGCCCUUCCAAUAGUGUGGGCCUCGGUGCACUUGGUUUCCGUUUAUUAAGAAUAAAAGGCGACUCGUGUGCCGUUUGAAUGUGA